AUGUACACGACUCUGCCCAACGGUAUCAAAGUCUUCUAUCGCGAAGCUGGCUCCUCGAGCAACCACACCAUUCUCCUGCUACAUGGUUUCCCUUCCUCCUCAAACCAAUAUCGAAACUUGAUUCCUAUUCUCUCCAAGAAAUACCAUGUUGUUGCCCCGGACCUACCAGGCUUUGGCUUCACUGAAAUUCCUGCCUCCCUGAAAUUCCAAUAUACCUUCGCCAAUCUUGCGACCACCAUUGGCUCCUUUCUUGACAUUCUCAAGAUCCAGAAAUUCGCCGUUUAUGUGUUUGACUAUGGCGCUCCCACAGGGUUCCGUCUUGCCCUCGAGCGACCAGAGGCCAUUACUGCCAUCAUCUCCCAGAAUGGUAACGCCUACGUGGAAGGCUUGUCGUCGUUCUGGGAUCCCUUACGACAACUGUGGGCCUCCGACGCGGGGUCAGAUGAGGAGAAACAAUUGUGUGAUAUGAUUUCGGGUGCAGUCUUGUCCUUUGAUGCCACGAAGGGCCAGUAUCUGAAUGGUGAGCCCGAGGCUGAAAAGAUUGACGACCCGGCGACAUACCAUCUCGAUUACGCCCUUAUGUGCCGCCCGGGGAACAAGGAGAUUCAACUCGACCUAUUCAGGGACUAUGCCACUAAUGUCGCCUUAUAUCCCAAGUUCCAGGCGUAUUUGCGAGAGGGCGGUGUCCCUGUGCUAGCUGUGUGGGGCAAAAACGAUACCAUCUUCCCGCCGGUUGGGGCAGAAGCCUUUAGGAGGGAUGUGAAAGAGCUGAAACUCGUGUUGUUGGACGGUGGGCACUUCUUGGUCGAGAGUCACACGGAAGAGGUGGGAAAGCUGAUCCUAGAGUUCUUGGCCGAAAGGGGCCUUUGA